CAAUUGUGUUCGAGAAAGUUGGAUGCACCAAAUCUUAAGAAAGUUGACAUAGUAGAGAAUGAAGCCAUCCUUGUGGAUUUAAAGGAAUCAGAGAUAAUCUUUUUGAGGCAUUCAAUUCUAUGAUUGGUACAAAAAGAAGAGGCAAAUAGAGUUGUCUGGAUGUUAAGAAUUUUGCAAUAAUGGCAAUCCAAGAAAUUGCCAAUUCAAUUGUGGGAACAAUUGUAGAGAAGUGUGUCAAUCCAAUUUUGCGCCAAUUUCAGUACUUAAUUUUCUACAAAAGCAACGUUCAAACUCUGAGCGAUGACAUCAAAAUACUUGAGCUAAAGGAAGCUGAGGUGCAACAAUUGGUACGUCAAGCAAAAGACAAUGCUGAAGAAAUUAUACCAACUGUUGUUGAUUGGCUGAAACGAGUUGAGGAUGUAAAGAAAGAUGCACACACUAUUUCUGAGGGUAUGGAAACUGCUAAGGUGAAUUGCUUGAAUAUUGUCAGGCUUCCGAAUUUGAAGUCAUGCUAUUUGCUAGGCCGACGUGCGGUGAAAAGAACGAGUGUUGUUGAAAAACUCUUAGGAGAGGGGCAAUUUGAUCAAAUUGGAUCCAUUGCUCCAUUCGGGCAAAUGUCGUUAAGUAAAUCAAUUCCGUCCUUAGAGAAAGGCCUAGUUUCUAGGAUGUCAACAAAGAAGGAACUGAUGGAAGCUUUAAAGCAGGAGAAAACUAGCCUAAUGGCGAUUUGUGGUAUGGGCGGCGUAGGCAAGACUACUCUAGUCAAACAAAUUGCUGACCAAGUUAAGUCUGAGAAACUGUUUGACGAAGUCGCCAUGGCAACUGUGUCUCAAAGUCCAGACAAGAGAAAUGUCCAAGAUCAACUUGCUGAGCAGUUAAGGAUGGAGAUAUCUCACCAAACUGAUCUGCCAAGAGCUGAAAGAUUGUAUACGAGACUAAUCAAUAGUGACAAGAGAAUUCUUGUUAUAUUGGAUGACAUUUGGAAAGAAGUUGAUCUUAAGAGUCUAGGAAUUCCCGUCAAAGGUGAAUGCAAGAGCUUAAAAGUCAUACUGACAUCUCGGUUCUCAGAUGUUUGUAGGGGCAUGGGAGCUGAAAUUUUUGAGGUGAAAGUCUUGCCUAAAAAAGAAGCAUGGCAUCUUUUUAAAGAGGUUGCAGAAAUUUCUGAUGAUUCUGCUUUGAGUGGUGUUGCAAAGCAGGUUGCAGAGGAAUGCAAAGGUCUACCUCUUGCAAUCGUUGUUGUUGCCAAGGCAUUAAAGAGCAAUCAUACUCCAGAAUCCUGGGAUCAUGCCCUUCGGCAACUACAAGAGUACACAAUUAGAGAACUAGAAGGAGAUGAAGAUUUAGUGUUUUCAAGAAUUAAGUUUAGCUAUGACUAUUUAAAAAGCGCUGAAACUAAGUCACUACUUUUGCUUUGCUGUUUGUUUCCAGAGGAUUAUAGUAUUCCAAUCGAAUGUUUGGUUAGGUAUGGUAAAGGGCUAGAAUUGUUCCAGGAUAUAGAGAAUUUGAGAAAUGUAAGAGACAAAGUAGACUUGCUGGUUGAUGAGUUAAAAAGCUCAUGUUUGUUGCUAAAUGAUGGUGAAAAAGAAGACUUCGUAAAAUUGCACGAUGUCGUGCGAGAUGCGUGCUUGUCAAUUGCAUCAAAAGCAGAGCAUGAGUUUUUAGUGAGCAAUUCAGGAUUGGGAGAAAAGAAUUCUUACACGGCAAUUUCCCUAAUAUCCCAACUUGUCAAUCAUGAUCUACUUCCAUUUUGCAAGGAAUAUCCAAAGCUUAGGCUGUUGCGUAUGGCAUUCCAAUCAGAAUUGGGAGUCCGAUUAAGGAAAUUGGACCUACCACAAGAUUCUUUUGUAGGAAUGGAAGCUCUCAGGGUCAUGGAAUUAAACAACUCACAAAUUGAAUUUCCACUGUCAUGGCCUGGCCAAAUGUUAAGGAGCCUUCGGACACUCUGCCUGGAUUAUUGUAGUUUGGGCACUGGAUUGUCGUCAAUGCUUGGACACAUGACGCAACUGGAAACUUUGAGCCUCUUUCAAUCCAGAAUUCGGGAUGAUCAGUUUCCAGCUGAAAUCGCUCAGUUGAGUAAUUUAAAGUUGUUGGAUUUGAGGGUUGAAAGUAGCCUCCAUCCCUUGCCUAGUGGUAUCUUGUCAAGCUUGAAGAAACUAGAAGAAUUGUAUUUGGGAUCUAGUGAUCAUUUGCAGCUAGGGAGAGAUAAAGAAGAGGAAAUAGGAUGCCUUAAAGAGAUCUCAGCAAUCUCUAACCUUGCAUGUCUCCAGAUUGCUUUGGAUGACUUUAGCCUCCUACUUCUAUCUUUGCAAGCAUUUGAUACUCAGAGGUUGUCAAGAUUUAACAUUGCAGUAGAUAAUUACAGAGGAGCAAUGAUAGAUCACCGCAGAAACUAUCAAUUUCGGAAAAGCUUCAAGCUUUAUCUGUCAGGUCAUGGUGAUGAAUGGUUGAAACAACUUUUUGACCCCAAUGUUACUAGCAUUGUCAAGAGAACUGAGAAUCUCACUUUAUAUCUUUCUGAUCAGUCAUCAUGCUUGAGGAAUCUUGUGCCUGACUUGGGUGAAAACGGGUUCAUCAAUUUGAAAAAGCUUUGUCUAGACGAUGGACAAUAUGAAUGCCUUGUUGAUUCUACCGCCAACCUUGUUGCCCGACAUGUUUUUGAAAAUUUGGUGUACAUGAAGUUGAGACUUUUGAAGUUGAAAGAAAUAUGUAACGGAUUUCUUCCACCUGGGUGCUUCAAUCAACUUCAAGGGGUGGAACUUUAUUCUAUAAGAGCUUUAAAGUGCUUGUGGAAGGGAUCAGUCAAACCUCCGUCACUUUGCAACCUCAGAUCUAUUGGGGUAAGAUUUUGUAAUGAAAUUACAACUCUCUUCUCACAAUCAGCACUGAAAUGUUUGGUGAAACUCCAAAAGAUAGUCGUAGCUAGUUGCAAAAAUUUCGAGAGAAUUGUUCUGAGGGAGGAAAGUCUGACAGAGGAGGUGCUUGAGCUACCCCAACUCAAAGCGUUAACCUUAAGCUAUACAAACUUUAUUGGUUUUGGCCCUGAAGAUGAUAAAGCUGUGGCUUUCUUUGACCAGGUUUCACUCCCCCGCCUGGAAGUACUAGAGAUUCUCAGAUCUGGUGAUGGUCCCGAACAACUAAUAGGAGGGAAAAUGCCUAGUGGGUCCCUCGACAACUUAAAACACGUGCAGCUUUGGGAAUGUCGCUCUAUCCGAUGCAUUGCCAAAGGUGAUACGGUCACAUUAUUACAAAACUUGCAAGCACUUUGGACGUGGGAUUGUCAAGGGAUAGAAUCCCUUGUCGACUUUGAGGGUCUAAAAGUUCAUAAUACUCCAUCAGAAAAGGCAUUUGAAAUUCUUCCCAAACUUGAGUCACUGGGCUUGAGUGACUGUUCAAGAUUAAUCCACAUUUGGAGGAAUUUUCCUGAAGGGAUUCGAGUAUUCCAAAACUUAAGAAGUCUACAUGUGAGCAAGUGCCCUUUAAAAUGUUUGUUUCAUCCUCCUAGUGUGGCCACCAUGCUCAUAAGUCUUGAGGCACUUGAAGUUUAUUGGUGCUCGGAAAUGUGUGAAGUCAUAGGUGAGGAAGAUGAAGAGGUCAGCCUAGAAGACAAUGCUCAGCAUCAUGACAUUGGAAAACGUAGAGAAAUUGCACUGGGAAGAACUAGCAAGGAGUUCGUGUUUUCUAGAUUAACCUCUCUGCGGUUGCAAGCGCUUGAGAAUCUUCGAAGCUUUGGUGGUAGUUAUCGGGAGGAUUAUGAGUUCAAAUUUCCCCUACUCACUGAGUUGAUCAUAUCUUAUUGCCCAAAGUUGAAGAAAUUCUGUUCCGGAAAUUUGGAUGCACCAUUGCUUAAGAAAGUCCGAAUAAUGCCAAGUGAUACAGAGAAUUUUGAAGCUCCCGUGGAUUUAAAGGAUCGAGAGAUUUGUCCUUUGUUAAUUUGAAAAUGACAUGAUUAUUUACAUAUUAAGAAUGUUGUGGGAACCAUCAAGUUGAUCGAAUAAUGUGGUCUAGUUACCACAGUCUUGACUGAACUGGUGGAUUGGGCUAUUAGAUAUGGAUGGAGAUCUUAAUACUAUAAGUGUGGAACUUAUAUAAGUUUUGUGUGCUUGCUUUUGUCAUUGAUAUUCAAAUAAUAAACAUAUUGUGUGUAUAGUAUCAUGGCUUUUAAAUAAUAAAUGUGCUGUAUGUAAUGUAUCAUGACUUUCAAAUAAUAAAUUCAUUGUACGUAUCAUAUCAUGGACUUUAAACACAAAAGAAUGAAGCUCUUCUUUUUUUUGUGGAUCUAAAGGUACAUGCAUACAUCCUAAUUCUCCUGACAAUUCUUUUUUGGAUGAUCGGUGAGGCUAAGAUCAUUGUAAUCUUCCUUGAACAUUCUGAUGAAUGUCUUGGCUCCCAUCAUGAUUAGUCUCUCCACCAUAAAGAGUUGAUAUUUGUUUUCAAUUACUGGAUUCAAGAUGCUGCUGCAGUUUGAUGAGUAUGCCAAGUUGUACACAGUGCAAUACAUCCAUGUUGAACUCUCUUCUUGUUCAAUCUAUGCAACAAAAUUACAGAAGUCAUGAAGACAAUAAAAAUCAAACACUGUUGCUAAACAACAUAGCGAGGAUUGCCACAUCUCUUCGUGACAAACUUGGAGCUUGGAAUAUAUCAGACAGAUGGUUUAGAGAAAAAGAAUAGGAAAACAAGGAUGGGAAAUUAAUCUUACCAUAUGUAUUUAUUUACAGUGUAGUCGCACAGUCAUAUUCAAAUAAAAAAAAAUCAAAUAUGGCUGAUUUA